CUAGGAUCUAAAAGAUCCACCUUUCCAUCGUGACGGUGACGCUCGGGCGACAGCAACGGCAGAGAUCGUUGCGCUCUCAAAGAGGGAAGACGCCGGCAACGCAACUGGGCAGUAAUUUAACGAUAGAGAACAUUGUUAAAUAUACGGAAAUUGGUAGCUGAUAUGUUGUAGGGGAAAUAGUCCAUUUGCCAGUUGAAGGAAUUCAUUCCGCCCAGAAGUGGCCACUGCGCAUUGCCCCCAACGCUCUCCCGUUUCACCCAGUUCUGGUUCUGGUCAGCGUCAUCUUCUCUCUGAGGACAGAAACAGGGAGAAGGAGAGACACAGACGACUGAAGAGGAAUUCUGAGAGGAAACGGUGGAAUUACGAUCCUCUGACAGACCAGCGUUUCCCUCCGUGGAUCGUACCAUUUUUCUACCCUCUCUGAACAGAGAUUUACUGUUCUCAGUGUCUUUCUAAACCAACUGGACAACAGUUUGUACUUUGUUACUUUGUAUAAGCUCAGUGAUACAAUGUGUUUUUUAAUGUUCGCGUUUUAGAGUUGCCCUGUUUCGGUUGAGCUGAAUUCCUCGACGAGAUCUGUCUGUGCUGCCGUCGCUCUGCGUCAGGAUCCCUGUGUUGUGACAGGAGGACUGACGUUGUGAAUGCACAGUAACUCGAAGACGUCAUAUCUGUAUUUGCAUUCCAGUUCUGCUUUCCCCGGAGGACGGAUCCUCGCCUGUGCGAGUGGGUGAGAGACAGAAAGAGAAAGUGUGUGUGUGUGUGUGUGUGUGUGUGUGUGUGUGUGUGGUCAAAAGCGUAAACCUGUAGCUUCCAGUGCAGGCGUGUAGCCCACAUCACAGUAAAAAUAUGGGAUCGGAGAAGGACUUGGAGUCGCCCCACGCCUCUGUGAGCGCCACCCCGAACCCAAAGUGCCGUGCGUCGGGCAAGCGCCCGGGACGCAUCUCCUUCCACAGCCUCUUCCACGGCAAGCGCAGCUCCAGACGCACCAAGUCCGGGGCGCCCGGCCCCAGCAUCGUCCAGCAGCUCCACCACCACCACCAACAGCUGCAGCAGCUCCUCCCGACCAUCCCCAACAUGCCCUCCGCCCUCCAACACCACCCUGCCCCCGCCGUGGUGCCGGCGCCGGCCCCGGCCGCCUCCGCCAACGCCUCCGCCGGGGAGGCGGAGCAGCUGGAGUGCCCCCUGUGCCUGGUGCGGCAGCCCGCCCGGCAGCUGCCCGCGCUGCACGGCUGCGGCCACCGCUCCUGCCUGGGCUGCCUGCGGCAGUACCUGCGCAUCGAGAUCACGGAGAGCCGCGUGCAGCUCAGCUGCCCCGAGUGCGCCGAGCGGCUGGUGCCGCGGCAGGUGGCCGACAUCCUGCAGGACGCCGCGCUGCUGGAGAAGUACGAGGAGUUCCUGCUCCGCCGCUGCCUCGCCUCCGACCCCGACUGCCGCUGGUGCCCGGCGCCCGACUGCGGCUUUGCGGUGAUCGCGUCGGGCUGUGCCAGCUGUCCCAGGCUGGUGUGCCGCAGGGAGGGCUGUGGAGCCGAGUUCUGCUACCACUGUAAGCAGGCCUGGCACCCCAACCAGACCUGUGACUCCGCCCGCCAGCAGAGGGCGCAGUCUCUGCACACGCACAGCAACCACUCCCCCAGCUACACGCAGGAGCAGGGACCCGCUGAUGACAUCAAGCCCUGCCCGCGCUGCGGUGCGUACAUCAUCAAGAUGAACGACGGCAGCUGUAAUCACAUGACCUGUGCCGUCUGCGGCUCCGAGUUCUGCUGGCUCUGCAUGAAGGAGAUCUCCGACCUGCACUACCUCAGUCCGUCCGGCUGCACUUUCUGGGGGAAGAAGCCGUGGAGCAGGAAGAAGAAGAUCCUGUGGCAGCUGGGAACGCUGAUCGGCGCUCCCAUCGGCAUCACGCUGAUCGCCGGCAUCGCCGUGCCCGCCAUGGUCAUCGGCAUCCCCGUCUACGUGGGCCGCAAGAUCCACGCCCACUACGAGCUGAGGAAGGCGUCUCGCCACAGACGCAACUUGGCCAUCACAGGGGGCGUGGCCCUGUCAAUCAUCAGCGCUCCUGUCGUGGCAGCCGUCAGCGUCGGCAUCGGAGUGCCCAUCAUGCUGGCGUACGUCUACGGAGUGGUGCCCAUCUCGCUGUGUCGCGGCGGCGGUUGUGGCGUCAGCCGAGAGAAGGGCCGUGGCGUUCGGAUCGACUUCGACGAGGACGACGGACCAAUCACAGUGGCUGACGCCUGGCGUGCCCUCAAGUCCCCCAGCCUCGGGGAGAGCAGCCUGGAGGGCGCCGCCAGCGGCCUCAGCACCACCACCCCCAGCGAGGGGCUGUCUGUGGCCCCGGGAACCCUGGGGGACGCCCCGCACUUCAACACCCUGGCAGGGGGCUCUCUGGGGACCCGCACCGGCAAGUACAGCAGGCUGGAGGUGCAGGCGGGGGAGCUGGCUAAGGAGAGCACCCAGAGGGACACGGGCAGCCUGGGGGCCGGCAGUGACUGUGCGAGCACCAGGGGCAUGGCCGGCUCCAUCGUCUCCGCCUACACCUUACCUGACAGGGAAUGCACCAACCUGGAGAUCCAGGUGGACAUCGAGACCAAACCCAGCCAUCUCUGCCUGACCAGUGAGGAGGACCUGACCCAACCCGCUGGCUCCGCUGCCAUGGCAACGUGCUCAGGAGGGGAGGAGCCUCAGGACUGCAGCUCCAGAAGGGGCGGGGCCCUGUCCGACUCUGCUCUCAGGCUGUCCCCCUCGGGGGCGUCGCUCAGGGAGGGGUCCCAGGAUGUCUCGUUUGCGGAGGGGCCCCAGGACGUCCUGCCGAUGGAGGGGCCCCUUGACUUCUCCCUGGGGGAGGGGCCUCAGGACAUCGUGCUGGGGGAGGGGCCCCGAGACCUCGCACUGGGGGAAGAGCCCCGGGACGUCUCUGUAGGGGAGGGGCCCCAGGACGUCUCACAGGGGGAGGGCCCCCAGGAGCUCUCAGUGGGGGAGGGGCCCCGAGACGUUACCCUGGCGCAGCCCGAGAGCUUCCGCAGCGACCUGGAGCUGUCCGACACGCAGUCGGACGACAUCGCCGAGUUGACGUCGGACGACUGCGACUCCCCGCACCCCAAGAGCUGCCGCCCUGCCUCGUCCGCCUCCCAGACCCAGGCCCCCUGCCGGGCGCUGAACCCCUCCACCGAAGGCCUUCACUGUCCCGCCGGCAGUACCGUCGUCCUCUACGUCUGAGGGACUCACCCCUGUGUCAGGACGGCACAAAAACUCCAAACUCAACGGACCUAACUAACAAAGCCGCCGCCGCCGCCACUGAAGACGUGGUCCCAUAGCUUCCUCCCUUCGCUGUUAUUGUCGGUUCCCCCGCUGCACUGUCCGAAGCCACAGAGGCUGCUCCGUACACGGCCGCCCGCCUUUUGUUCUGCGUUCCGGUUCUUCUGUCUUACGUGUGCACCUGUCUGUCAGUUGACCUCCGCAGCGAGUACGUUGUCAGGGAACUACCUCUGAGAUUUAUAAGAUGACCUUUUAUGUUUACUACUUGGUGCAAAAUGCCUUGGCUUCUUAAGCAAAAAAACAAGAAAACAACACAAAGGAGGAAACAAGGUGUUGCUAAGCACAGUAGUGAGUGAAGGACUCGGGAGAAUUAGUGUUGUGUUUCUGACAGGAUGAAUGAAUGUGGGGCUUGUGUGUCCGACUAGUUCUUUAUUUUAUAUUUUUGUAUAUUUUUUCCCCCUAUUUAUAUGAAUAGAAUGAUUGACGGGUGGUGUUUUUUCCCGUGUGCGUCAGUCUGCGUGGUGUCUCGUGUGUGAGGUGUAGGACCACAGUGAACACCCCCCCCUGUCCCCAUCUAUCUGCUUCAAAGGUUGAAAAAAGAGAAUGAAAGAUGAAAGCAGAAUAAACACAGUCAAUAUUUUUUUGAGCACUUUCCGGCGCAGGGUGACGGGCGACCCGAUCAAUGGUUUAAACGAAAUACAACUGUGAGAAAACGGAAGAAGUGGCAAUUUAGUUCUGGUGUACUCCGACAUAGUAAUUUUUCUACAGUAAAUCACCCUGAGAAAAAACCUGGAAUUUAAGUACACUAAUCCAUUCCUCUCUCAUUCUCGCUGAAAAAGUGUGUGGUGAAAUAGGUUGGGGUGGUUACAGGAGAGCCAUGCGUCAGGCGUGAUUUCCCUGCGAUGGUCCAACGCCAAACCAGUGGUUGAUCAACAAGGCCCCAUGAGAUGAUGAUGUUAUCAUGAGCUGCUGACACAUAAAGCCGCACAUGGUGAAUAACUGACUUCAGGCCUUACAGACGUUAGGGGGCUGAUCCCCCUCUCACUGACCAACACAACACACACACACAAACCCACACACCAACCUGCCGUCCGACCCACUUGAAUGUUGUUUGUAGACAUUGUGUGUGUGUGUGUGUGUUUGUGUUUCCCCACUGUCAUUUAUUUUUAAAUGAGCACUUGUGCACUUUAUCAAUUGUCAAUGUUAUGACCCACUGUCCAUUGUCUUUGCGCUAAGCAAGUUUACUUGGAUUCCAAUCAAAUGUCUGUGAUAGGAGAAGAAAAGAUUAAAGGGACCUUUUACAAAACAAUACCACAAAGCCUCUUAUGUUGGAUGUAAACGUUUUUUUCCAAAAACAAUAUCUUGUCCUUUUAAAUAUUUAAAUAAAUGUAAAAUAUAACACAUGAUGUUUAUCAUGACCAAUUUCAAAAAAUAAUUUUGUGUCAGAUCAAGAAACCAUCUUUCCAUCUUAUAAGGCAACUUCUUUGUCUGAAUACGCUUUCAAAAAAUGUAUAACUCAUUUUGGAAUUAAACUUUUCAAAUACUAACGCCGAUUUAUUUCCUAAUCCACCUUCAUUUUGGUUUAUGGAGUUUAUUUGAUCCAUAAAGGUCUGCGGGAAUUUCUUUAGCGUUGCAGAAUUAUCUACCCAUACUGGGUAUUGCUUGGCUUUAUCUGUUUUUAUGAUACCUGUUACUGCUUGUUUUGACCUGGCCCUAGGAAGAAAACCGUACAAAUCUUCCAAAGAUUAAAAUUCAACUUCCUGAAAGAGAUCUGAUUUGUCGCCAAGAGAUAUGAAAACAGAGUUGUACUUGUUUGAAGUUUACAGUCAGAUAGCAGUAUGUAAGUGUUAUCAUGGGAGACGUUUAAGGACACUAAGGACUGUGAAAGAAAUUGUGGACUUUUGGAAAAUUCAAUAAAAUACUUUUGUUGCAACAAAUGUGUUUUGAAUUGUGAAUGAUACAGUAAAAUUAAGCCUUUGCAGCUUGUGCAGCAUUGCCCCCUGCUCCUAACUUAACCAUAAACUAUAGACUUGACUGCAAACUAUAAUAUAUGAAUAUAAAAUCUAAUACAUUUUAAAUAUCAAAAAUAGUAAAUCAUUUGAAAAAACAAAAAAAUGCAAUAUUGAAAGACUGCACAU